GCGACCACGCCUUGAUCUUCUCAUUGCUGAGCAAAAAGUGAAGAAAAGAGACCGCAGGAAAGGCUUAAAAAUGGGUGCAGUGGGGAAAAGUUUUUCCCUUCUGACAAUUGUGACUCUCCUGCUCCAAAUUUCGGGCUCGAACGCAGCUUUUAGGGAAUUCCAAGAUCAAACCCGAGACAACUUUGAGAUGUGUGCUGGUGGAAACGGUAGGGAAUAUUUGUUCAACUUCUGCCAACGCCAGGUUUUGGCCAACAUCAGAGAGUGUUAUCGACUGGAAGAAAUGAAUGGUGUUUGCGGUUGCACUGCUGUUUCUCAAUCCAGCGGCGGAAAAAAUGGCUCAUUCAACCUCGCGGUCAACUGCAACGGCGAUUCACAUUCACCCGACAUGUGUCCUGAGAAGAAAUUUGGAUUCUACUACCAGUCAGACCCGAUCAACGUCGUUGGAAAGACUGAUUGCAACUGUGAGGAUGCCAGCGGCAGUAUCAAAACGGCUAUCGCUAUCAUCUGGGUCCUGGUUGUGAUUAUAAUAUGUCUGAUUUGCUUCAUUUGCAAAGACCGGGUGCUUCGCUGCUACCGAGAUUAUUGCCAGAGGUAUUGCCGAGCAGGCACGCAGAUAAAUAAAGCAGCUACCACCCAAGACGGAGCUCAACCGUUCCCUGCCGAAUCUGCACUGCUGGAGGGAGUUCACAUUCAGAAGGAAGAAAACUCUGAUCUAUGUUCUAAAACUAGCCAGAACGACGAGGAAACUGCUCUGUAAUUAAAUUGGUUCAAAUACCAUUAAUCACAAAGCAAUCCUUUCCUUUUGGAUUUAAUGCAGUUUGCGCUGGAUGCAAUUCUGCAAUUUAUAUGAAUAAAUAUGUACUUAAAAAAUGUGUUAAUAAAUAAAACCAAUAAAAAAUAAGUAAAAAAACAAGCACAAGUUGGAUUAGACAAAAUAUUUUUAUUUAAUUUAAAUUACAGAUGAGAUAACAAUGUUACACAAGAAUUAACAGCGUAAUAAUAUGUAUAUAUAAAAUAUUUGCGAUAGUAAUAAUGGCUUUCUGCGUUCAAAGCUGGGCUUGCGAGUCUCUCCAAAGCUGCGGCUGGUUGAUAUUCAGCUGCGAAAAGGCCGUGUUCGUGUAUCCGUACACUUCGGACAGCGCCGGAGCUCCCGGCGGUGAACCGUUACCCUAUUUAAGUGGAAUGUUAGUGAUUUUUAUUUAAUAAAAUUAAAUUUCAUGGAAAGUUAA